AUGAAUACAACUACUAAAACUAACAACGCGGGCCACUCUAACAUAACUCUCCGAAGGGAUAGGAGCAGCAGAAAAAUUAAUACAACAAGCGAAGCUGAAAGAAAUGGUGAAAGUUCAUCAUUAGGAAAAAGAAAGGCUGUCGAAGACGAAGAUACCAAAGGAAAAAAGAAGGCUACCAAAAAAAGAAAAGGAGUGGAGAGAAGAGCAGCAAGAUACAUAAAAGAUUGUAGUGAUGACACAAAAAAACAAAUCGAAAGAGCUGUGAAGGAACCUAUGUACUUGAUUGACUGUAAAGAAGUCAAUCCAACGCAAAGAAAAUAUGUAGUCUUAGGCCCGACUGGAGAGGUUUAUACUACUGAUAUAGCAAAAAUUGUAUCGUGCUCCUGCCCUGAUUUCCAUAAUGGUAUUCACUGUAAACAUAUUCUCUUUAUUCUUUUAAGAAUUUUGAAGGUUCAUCCAGAAAGCGAUCUCGUCUAUCAAAAAGCACUAAAAGAAAAGGAAUUGAAAUUAAUUUUCAAUAAUUCCCCUCAAAUUACUUAUCCAAGCAAAGGGAUUGUUGAUCAACUUAAAGCAAUCGCCUCAAGAGACCAAAAAAAGCGUAAACCGAUAGAUGAUGAUUGUUCAUGCUGUCAUGAACCUUUGGGCAACCAAAAAGUUUUAAUUUGGUGUGAUGCUUGCGGAAACAACAUACACCUAGAUUGUUUCACUACUUGGGAAAGAUCAUUACGCGUAGAACAAAAAGUAAAAUAA